AUGGCCGUCGUCGCCGCCGCCGCCGCCGCCGCCGUCGCGGGUCCUUCGUCGUCGCAGGCCUCGACGCCGAGGUCCAAGGACAAGAAGCACAAGUCGAGCAAAAAGCACAAGAGCAGCAAGCGCAGCAGCAGCAGUGCCGGCGCCGCCGACGACGAUGCGGCAGCACCACCGACCGACGUCGUGAUGGACGACGCAGAGGCAGGCGUAGUCGACGGCGGCAUCCUGGAGAGCGCCUUUGAGACCCUGUACCCCGUCCUCAACCUCGCCAUCCCGCCCGUCUGGACGCCCAACCCGUACGCCGCCUUUUCCGACCUCAUGGACACGCUCGUCAUGCGCUACGUGCCCCAGCUCUCGGGCGUCCUCAUCACCCACCGCCCGCUCCGCUUCCUCGCCGACUCGGCCAAGUUCUACGCCGACAACGCCUCCGCCUCGGCGCCCGUCCAGUUCGAGUGCGUCGUAUGGCGGCCAAAGAUCGGGCACCGCCUCGAGGGCACGAUCACGCUCUCGUCGCCCUCGCACGUCUCGCUGCUCCUCUACGGCACCUUCAACGCCUCGAUCCCGGCCUCGCACCUGUCCAAGGACUCGUGGGAGUUUGUCAUCGACGCCGAGGCCGACCUGCACGUCCACGGCAUGGGCGCCGACCGCGGCCUGGGCCACUGGCGCUCCAAGGCCGACGGCUCGCGCCUCGGCGGCGACGACGGCAGGCUGAGCUUCACCGUCAUCUCGAUGACGGUGGCCAACCACAUCCUCUCGCUCCACGGCUCGCUGCUCGACGACCCCUUUUCCGUCCCCGCGCCCACCCAGGACGCCUCGUACCUCGCAAAGUCGCUCUCGGACGCCAACGUCCUCGGCUUCGCUGCGGGCAAAAAGGGAGAUCGCAACGCCAAGAAGGCGGCAGCGGCAGCAGCGGCGGGGGCAGCGGGAGGAGCGGCUGGAUCGGCCGAGGCGUCGAUGGACUCGCCCAAGCCGCAAAAUAGGCGGGUGCGGUGGGAGGAUGAGAGCGACGACGAGGCGCCCGCACUGGCGUCGCAGCAGCUGGACGGCGAAGACACCGACGGCGCGACAAGCGGUGCCAGCGACGACGACGACGACGAAGACCGGGCAGCCGCGGUAUCGAUCACGGCGCGGAGGCUCGACGACGACGACGACGACGACGACGACCGGAAGGGCAAGAAGGGGUCGAAGCGGAAAUCGAGAAAGUCGCUCGACGGCGAAGACGAGGCGCCCGUCGACCAGGACGGCUCGGCAAAGUCGAGGGACAAGAAGAAGCGGAAGAGGGACAGAGAAGCAAAGGCGUGA